AUGGCGGCGGUGCUCGGCUCGCUCCAGAUAGGAUACCACACAGGCAACAUCAACGCCCCUGCCCGAGUCAUUGAGGAGUUUUUCAACAUGACAUGGAGAUCCAGACACAAUCAGUCAAUACCAGACCACAGUCUCACAUUCCUGUGGUCCCUCUCUGUUAGUAUUAAGGACUUUGGAGCACUGCUUGGAGCACUGGGGGUCAAAGGUCUUGCUGACACCUUUGGGAGACGUAAUGCUAUUCUGAUAGUGAAUGCCUUAUCCGUGGUGGGUGCCUCUCUGAUGUUCAUGAGCAAAGUCACAGCAUCAUUUGAAGUGCUUAUUGUGGGUCGGCUGAUCUUUGGCUUGUUCUGCGGCCUGGUGAUGAGCCUGAACCCGCUGUACAUCCAAGGUGUCUCGCCUACAAACCUCCGCGGUGCCUUUGCAACUCUGAACCAGGUCUCCUUUGCCUCAGGCAUUCUGCUGGGCAUGGUGGUGGGCUUGGAAACGGUAUUGGGCACAGAGAAAUACUGGUCCCUGAUGUUGUCUCUGUCCCUUAUUCCUGCAACGCUCCAGUAUAUGAGCCUUCCUUUUUGCCCUGAAAGCCCACGCUACCUCUUCAUCAACAGGGGCAAAGAAAAAGAAGCAGAGGCGGCCCUGAGAAGACUUCGGGGAAAUCCAGAGAUGGUGAUGAAAGAAAUGGAGGAGAUGAGAGAGGAAGCAUCCCACAGUGAAACAGGAGUGACUUACUGA